AUGACGGUGUCGCGGGGCUUACUUCGUGAGACGGCACGUGCUGAAGCCGACCACGCCAAUCUCCAGCUUAAAAUCAAAGAGUCGGAUGUUCGCUAUGAAGCUCAAGUGCGGCAGAUCAAGCUGGAUUGGGAGAGGGGGGCAAGGGAAAUCGACGCUCGGUUCGAAAAGCGAAGGGCCGAUAUCCUCUCAGCCCGAGAUGACCCUUCCAUCCGGGCCGAGAUCGAGAUGAUGUUGAGUCAAAACAGAGAUACGGAGAUUGCGGCUCUCCGGAGGACGUGCGAGGAGAAGUUUGAGGAGGCAGAGAGACUGCACGCGGAGCAGAAACAACGAUAUGAGUCGGAAAGUUUUAAACUCAUUUCAGCCAUGAUGGUUUCCGCGCCCGAACCAAACUCACACCCACAAACAGCGUUUGUUGCACGCCCGCCAGAGCCAUUCCAAGUAGGCACCGUGGGUUCUCCUCUCGCUGUAGCCCAGCCGACGCCUUCUGAAACGGCCCCCAGGCCGCUUCCGACGGCUCGCGUUCCAUUGCCCAGCCAGCGCCCCCCUUCGUUGCCGAUACCCAUUGCGCCGCGAAACGACGCCCGACUUGGGGCACCAAACAGAUCGCCACACAACCCCGCCGCGGGUGGUCAACACCCCCUGAUGCCCCAAACUAUUCGCCAGCAGUUUCCUGCAACCGAUAACCCCCGCGAGGUGGGGCUCUCGCCGACCCUCCAGUCCGUCGCACGGCGCCUUGCGAGUCCAUCUUCCGACCCGGGACAGGAAAACCGGUCCCCGCAGUUUGCCACUCCCGCACGCCCCGAUGAACAGCUCUCUGUCCCUGCGCAUCCAAGCCCGAGGCCCGAAUCUGCGCUCAAACGGAAAGCUAACGGGGAAACUAGCCAGCAAUCCCCAGCGACACAACCCGGGCCUUUGAAGCGUCCCAAGGUUGAGGCUCCGAGGGGUGACCGGUCUGAGACGAGUGACUUAUCGCCGCCGGAUGUUGACGAAUCGCCUACUCCAGAGCGUGCUGUCUCAUUUGCGGAGGUAUACGGAACACCAGAGAAACCAGCGACGUACAAGCAUGUCAUUGUGCGGUUUCCAGAUAACAUCACUGGCCAGUUUUACAUUCUGCGUUGCGAUGGCCAUGGGGUCCACUUCGGCGAACAUCCGCUCAGGGGUGCUGCGAAGCACUUGGCCAGCGCGCAGCAUAAUUUCAUGUCUAAGGCGCAUACGACGGCUAUCGAGACGCUGGGCCAUCGGGUUGUUGGUUGCACCCAGGAGAUGGCUGAAAAAAAUAACGCAGUGGUAUUGAAGGCAUUCCAGAACGGCUACAAGGCAUUCAACGCCAACAACUUGAGCCAGGCGAAGCGCGCCGAGCUUGGAUUUCCACCCCCUGACCCCCUGAAUUCUCACAGGGCUGCCAUGCAUCGCAAACAGUUGGCUGGGGCUACUAGUCCCGUCCCGUGCAGGUUUUAUGUCACGAGCGACGGUGACUCGAAGUCGUUGGUCCUUAUUCUUCCCCAGGGUGACAUAUCGCGUGCGGGUUUAAGGGGCACGCUUGCCGACACCGGCCUGUUCCCGGAUGUCACGGAUGGCGGGCAGUCCUCGGGAAUGCAGAAGCCGCCUCGGUGCUACGUCUAUCGUGAGGUUGACGGGCGCAUUGCGGGUAUCAAGGGUUGGGCUAAGGGAUAUGAAGAUGGGGGAAUUUCAGAGAGGAAACGGGAGUUUCCCGUCUUGUGUGUGGAUGACCCGGACUUCCGCAAUUGGACGGUGGGAUGGGUGAAGGCUGGUAGCCUCUCGGCCUUUGACUUUGAUGGUACGAACUCCGGGGAUAUACCGUUUGCGAGGGAGGCGCGCCAAUAUUUUGUUGACCGGAUCUUGCGCCAAUCCGGGGGACGUCACAGCUAUUCCUCUCCCCAGGAUACCGAGAUGAAGGACGUUGGCUCGGACAGGGAUUCUGAUACAGACCACGCGAGCAACCGGCCGCAGCUUAUCGCGGCACAAGCACUGGGUCUACAACCGCCAAAGCGAGGGGGAUUCACCGCCAUUAACGCCGGCGGUGGCGAUAACGCCAGCCCGAGUACUCGUGCUAGCCUCGAACCGCCUUCACGAGCUGGCUCUGUACCAAGUGCAGGCGCUGCGAGCAGGAGAGUGAUCAAGAUUCACGCUCGUAGCAGCAACCGCCACCCGGCAAACGGCUCGCCAACUGUGGUGCUGCCAGAGCGGCCGGCUGAUGGAACCCCUGGACCGAACGAUACUCCGACAGAGGACCGGGCUGAUAUCCGACGGCCGAGCCCCGCCAGCCUACAAAACAUUGUUCAAGAUUUUCCGAGUUCCACUGCGACGCCACCCCGGACUGCUUCUCAGUCCCCCAAACCUGCGAGUGGUCGACGGCCCCUUCCGUCCGGACCUGCGCGCGGACCUGCGCGCGGCAGCCCCCUAUUCUCUACGAAACUCCGCCAGCCGCCUCAGGAAGCUAGGGCUGAUUCUGCUCCGGCCCAGCCGCCCCAACAGAGUAACACGAUUCUGGAAGACAUACGUCAGCCUGGCAGUGUUUCGGCGUUGCCGGGCCUGAGCAGAGAUGGCUCGCCUCACGGCUCUCCUCAACCGGAUGUAGCCACCGUAUCGACACAUGUGCCGGGCACGUCUCCAGCCUUGUCUCCAGCCCCUGCGGCGGAAUCGACUUCAGAAGUGGUUACGGCACCCGCAUCAACUGCAGCUUCUGGACCUGAGGCAACGCCUAAACCAGCCACUCAGUACGCCGAGAGACACGAGCAAACACUGCCACCGAUUCAACUACCCUCGGCUGCCACGGCCCUUCCCGGGAUUCUGCGUUUGAACACAACGCCGCUCGCCACGCCGAAAACGAGUGCUAACAAUACCCGGGCGAACUCGCCUGUCUUCGGCCAACAGACCAAGACUGACUCACCUCUGAUGACCGGGAGUAGCUUUGGUGGGAAGCCCGAGACACCGACGCUGACGCCGACACUCUUACAGGCCCCGGCCUCGGCAUUCGUUCCGACCAUGGAUGUGUGGGAGUUGGUAGGGUUAAUGGAUGGCGAUAAGGAGGUGUUUCGGUCGUCAGGCCAAGGCCAGACUCUCCGGCUUAUUGAUGACCAUCUGAGUGGGUCAUUGACUACACCGGCGGAUGCGCCAGUGACCGUGAAGAUUGACCUGAAGAAGGUCCGCAGCGCACAGCGGACAUCGGCACAGAAUGGGGCGGUAUGCGUGGUGGAUCUUACAUGUGACGUCGAUGAUGGUAACGAGCAGGGUGGGAAGACGCAGGUGUACACGCUGGUCUUUGACAAAGCGAAAUCGGGGGGCAGGGGCGUGGAGAUUGGCACACUGCAUGCACGAAGGCUAUGCAGGCGACUUAAGCAUUGGAAUGGUGCGGUGGAGGUGCCGAAUAUCUCCUUUUCGGUGGAGUCGAUCAAGUGGCAGUUUGCGGACCAAACUCCCACGCCCUCGUCGGCAGUACCUAGCCCCGGGAUUGCAGCGGAGCUCAAAUAA